UAAUGGCGUAUGAUAAGGAGUUCCGCUCAGACGCCCGCUUCACACCUUCACCGUACCAUGGCAUGUCCUCUGAGGGCUCGCUUUCACCAGACAACAGGUCGGUUGCCUCAGACAUGGGUGAGCACUCUUACCCAGGCAGCCCCAGUCACCCGGCUCAGCAGAUGGCCGUGGCCAGUGCCUACUCCGCUGCCAAUGGCAAAGAUCACCUCAUGGCCCCCUCUCAUGUCCAAACCCAGUCCCUAGACCGCGUGUAUCGGCCGGCCGCUUCCUCCUCCGCUCCACCUGGGAGACAGACCACUGGCAGGGUUCAGACGUCCCAUGGACAACCAGUUACAGACCCUGCUCUCAACGGGCCACGUCCUCUACAGGCUAAAGACUACAGUGGUCAGCAGUCUCAACAUCGAGAGUAUUUUGUACCUCCUGCUCCUCCUCCACCUCCUCCUAUCAUUCCUUCUGCCCAGACUGCCUUUGACAGUCCCACCGGCCCCUCCUCUGCCCCUGCCAGUACUAUGCCAUCUCUUUCCCAGACCUACAGUGUUUCUCCUCCAACCCCUGCCCUCCCUGCUUCCUACACCCCUUCCCCAACCCAUCCUCCUCCCGCAGCGCCCCCUCCACCUCCACCUGGGCCACCCACACACCCCCACCCACACCCUCACUCACACACCAUGCCCACUGCCCCUGCGGAAGCACCAGUUGUCCCCAGGAAGGGCCAGAUACCUCUCAUCCCAAUGAGCGACGCUCGCAGCGACCUGCUGGCAGCCAUCAGACGAGGGAUCCAGCUGCGUAAGGUGCAGGAGCAGCGGGAGCAGGAAGCAAAGAAGGAGCCGGUUGGGAACGAUGUGGCCACUAUAUUAUCCCGUCGCAUCGCCGUGGAGUACAGCGAAUCUGAUGAAGACUCUGAGCCUGAUGAAAAUGAGUGGUCAGACUGAGACAUUGAAAACAACAAUAGAGAAAAAAAAAAAAAAAAACAUGAAGUAAGAUUUAGACUGUAGGUUUCAGAGAACAGAAUAAUCACAACUAAUGUAGCAUGCUAAAAUAACACGGCUCAUGUGUUUAAAAAAUAAGGGCUGUGUAACUACAAAGUCUCAAAGAGACCGAUUGAGAAACUUUUGAAUUUUAGAUUGUACAUCUUAAAUUGAAGCCUUGACAGCGAAGUUUAAUGACCCCAACAAUGUCUAAUGAACAAUGUCCGUUAGAGAUCACUGGCCUGUUGCAUAAAGUGCCUAGACUAGUCUUAAAAGUUAGACACCUGAUUUUUUUUCUGCAAGACAUGAAAACAUAGAUUAAAUCUUAAAAGUAAGACUGAUAACCACUUGGUUAACCAAUUCUUAAGACACAGUCUUAACAUGGUGACUAUGUUUAUGCAACCAACCCCUGGUCAUCUAUGAAGAGUAUUUGAGUCCACUGCCUUGAUACUAUUCAUCAAUUACUCUGAAUGUGGGGGUCCUGCCAUCUGUCCUCUCUGCUGCACUCUUUCUCUCACUCUCCCUAACCUUAGAACAUGACCAUAUUAGAACAGCCAGCUGGAUGAUCAUGCAAUGUUAAUUUCAGUCCUACUCGCCCAGGAUUACAACUUAAAGGUCAAAGAAAAUAGCUAUAAAAUCAUUUGGGGCUAAUAUAUUAAGCAUUUACCUAAACAUUUUCAUGUCUAAGCCCAAAGAAACAGCUGCAUUUUGAUAUCUUGAAUGCAUGUUUUGACUGAGUAUCAAGCAGAUAACAAAGCAGUUGAAAUUACAACUGCAAGUCAAAAAAAAGCUAUAUUCUUGAGCGAUUUGCUCCGAUAGAGCACAAACACUUAGUAGAUGUUUAGUUAGAUUUUUGUUUGUUGAUUCAAAUUUAUAAAAAGUUACACCUGUUUGCAUUCAAAAUAUCGCAGCUUAUUGAAUAGCAUGGAUGGACAAUCUGAAUCUGAAAACUGUAUCAAGGGCGUGUAAAAAAAAAAAAAAAGGUUCUUUCUGGGACUAGAAGAUAUUUUCUGAAUCUAAAGGAUGUUGGAAGGCUCAGUGGUGAUGUUUCAUAUACUUUAUUGGUGACACUAUUUCCCCAAAUGUGAUUAAUUUAAAUUAUUAAACCCAUUUUAAUGGGUUGGAAUGAUUUUUAGGGCUUCGUUUGCUUUCUUGACUUCAAGUAAAAAGAUACUAUAUUGGUGCAUUCUGAAUCCACCAAUAGACAAUAACAAAUUGUGAUUGCUGCAAAAGACAGAACUGGGCUCUUAUUCAUCUAUAGGCUCAUUAAACACAAUACUUUAA